UGUCCGCAGGAGAUCCGGAAGGUGGUGCAGGCGUUGGAGCAGACGGCCCGGGAGAUCCUCACGCUGCUGCAGGGCGUGCACCAGGGACCCGGCUUCCAGGACAUACCAAAGAAGUGUCAGAAGGCUCGUGAACACUUUGGUACAGUGAAAACGCAGCUGGAAUCUCUGAAGACCAAGUUUCCUGCUAGUGUAUAUUACUUAUUUAUACCUUGAUUUGGUGUUUUCCUCAACAGAUUUCAUGAGCACUGGAGGUUUGUGCUUCAGCGGUUGGUGUUUCUGGCAGCGUUUGUAGUCUACUUGGAGUCAGAAACGUUGGUGACCCGAGAAGCUGUUGCCGAAAUACUUGGGAUUGAAGCUGAUCGGGAGCGGGGCUUCCACCUGGACAUUGAAGACUAUCUUUCUGGGGUGUUAACUCUCGCCAGUGAGCUGGCCAGACUGGCAGUGAACAGCGUCACAGCUGGUGACUACGCUCGCCCUCUCCGCAUCUCAACUUUUAUCAACGAGCUGGAUUCUGGCUUCCGUCUCCUCAACCUGAAGAACGACUCCCUGAGGAAACGCUACGAUGGCCUGAAAUACGAUGUCAAGAAAAUUGAGGAAGUGGUUUAUGACUUGUCGAUCAGAGGACUCAAUAAGGAGGCAACGGUCGGUGCAGGUGGAGAGAAAUGAAGGCUGCUCACUUUAACAGCAUCAUUGAUUACCUCAGAUGGUUGCCAAUUUAGAAGGCCUACUAGCAAAGCCUUCCUACAGUAGUUUAGAAGAACUGCAGCUGAAAGCUGCUCUCUAUUUUCUUACAAAAGGUGUAGUACGGGUGUUAGCUCUCAAAAUGUUUUGUACAAUUGUGUCUAGAUUAGGGCAGGAGGCUCUGUGCUUCCUGUGGAAUUCCUCUGUCAAAACACGGUGCCAUUCUGUGCUCAGCAGCAAUAGCAGUCAGUGACUCCCAUGAGCUGAUAUUCGCAGUAGUUCUGUCAUGUUGCCUGACUGUCACUGCUCUGGCAGUGUUUGCUUCAGCUGUCUCUGCUCACACACCU